AUGGCAUCGGAGUCCAUCUGCUGUCGUUCAGUCAGCGACAGUACUUCAGAAGAGCACCCAUCCCCGUUCAUACCGGCGCAGUAUGGCUGUCGCAGCUCCAGUGACAAGGGGGAGAUCGGGAAAUCUUCUUGUUGUGACAAGGAGAGUUCUGCCCACGAGAGCUCUGGCCAGUCUACCCUAAUGCAGAUAUCUCAUGAUGAGCCAACCGGUGGACCUUCAAAACUCGGGAGAGCGACUGAUUGUGGCCGCCCAAAGGGGGUGAGUGAUAGUUGCUGUUCUCCCGAGUCCAUUAAAACACCUGAAAUAGACGAUUGCAACAAAGGCUGCUGCUCUAAAUGGGAUCCAACCCCAGUGGAGGACCGUGAAAAGCCGAUCUGCUGCCGGGACAAGCCGUCUCCUUGUUGUGAUACCUCCUGCCUCAGCCGCCUGGCACUUCGCGAAUGCGAGAAAAAACAGUUCGACUUCAGAGGGGAACAGACAUCCAGAAGUUCAAUGGAGGGUCUCGUCGAUGCUGACUGCAUGGGUAGUCGGGAUGGAAGGCCCUGUAGCCAUCAUACCCAGACUGUGCGUGAUAGAUAUGCAGACAAACUGGAAGCUCUCGGCUGUAUAUGUCGCGCUCUGCUAGCACUUGGGCAAGAGUCAUGUUGCGCAUCGCGUGAUAAUGCACCCGUGGAGAAAAAACGCGGCUUGAAGAAAACCGCCCUACCUCAGACCCCGAGUAAUGAUAACUUCGAUAUACAGACAUGCUCCGCAACCUCUUCUUUGCAACCGCAAUCGGGGUCGUUGAAGGCUCGUUGCAAAACGAGUCUCAAAGGGAAAAGUAGAGCUUGUGAUCAAAGUUGUUGUUCCAACCCCAAGACGCCAAGCAAGGCGGCUUCAUGUGCUGACGCCUGCUGUGUUGAAAAACCACUCAUCAGAUCUACGGAGAAGCCCGCAAAAGCUUCAGGCAGUUCCCAUGUAAGAGACCUGGAGAAAGGUUAUCAGAGUCGGGAGCAUGUGGUUCUAAGCAUCUCGGGCAUGACGUGCACGGGGUGCGAAACCAAGCUUACACGCACCCUGGGCGCCCUGGAGUCCAUUCAGAACGUCAAGACUAGCCUUGUACUCUCAAGGGCCGAGUUUGACCUUGACCCCAGUGCUGGAUCUGUUGCAGAUAUUAUCAAGUACUUGGAACGGACCACCGAGUUCCAGUGUGAGCGAAGGACCGAUCAGGGAUCCCACAUCGACCUGCAGGUCUCCGGCGAUGCGAUCGACUUGGUGAACCAAAAGUGGCCAGACGGAGUCAUGGAGAUGAAAAUCGCUGGAUCUAACACCGUCACAGUCACCUAUGACGCGACUGUCGUCGGCGCACGAGAUCUGCUCAGCAGGGAAUGGGGCAGGACCGUGACCCUCGCACCCCCUCGUCCGGACCCGACCCUCGCAGCAGGCAGUAGACAUGCCCGCGAGAUGGGAUACAUGACACUACUAUCAAUUGUGCUAACCGUCCCGGUCCUAGUAAUGGCCUGGGCACCCCUUCCGCAGAGGGAGAUUGCUUAUGGCUCUGCAUCCCUGGCACUUGCGACCACUGUGCAAGUCGUCAUCGCAGGCCCAUUCUAUCCUAAGGCUUUGAAGAGUCUAAUCUUCUCUAGGACGAUCGAAAUGGACCUACUGAUUGUAUUAAGUACUACCACUGCCUACGUUGUCUCGGUGGUCUCAUUCGGAUUUCUCGUGAGCGGGACGCCGUUAUCAACAGGCCAAUUUUUCGAAACCAGCACAUUGCUGGUCACUCUCAUCAUGGUAGGCCGGUUUGUCAGUGCUCUUGCCCGUCACAAAGCCGUCGAAUCAAUCUCCAUGCGCUCUCUCCAGUCGCCGGUGGCCGUUCUUGUGGAUGAUGCGGGAAAUGAAAGUAAAACUGACACUAGGCUCCUCCAAUAUGGUGACAUCUUCAAGGUUAUGGCCGACUCUCGGGUGCCAACUGACGGAACGGUCAUCUCUGGAUCGUCCGAGGUCGAUGAGUCUAUGAUGACUGGAGAGUCAAAUCCGGUCGAGAAGCAUAUACAGUCCACUGUCAUGGCCGGGUCUAUUAAUGGAUCCGGAACGCUCUUGGUUCGCCUCAGCCGACUCCCUUGUGACAACACGAUUAGCACCAUUGCGGGAAUGGUCGAUGAAGCCAAACUUUCAAAGCCCAAAAUCCAUGACAUUGCAGACCGCAUUUCUGGCUAUUUUGUGCCCCUCGUUGUGACUCUGACAAUAAUCACGCUGGUAAUUUGGACAGCAAUUGGUAUCACGGUACGGAAUCAAUCUGGACGAGAAGCCACCAUCCAGGCGAUCACUUAUGCUGUAACGGUGCUUAUUGUGUCUUGCCCGUGCGCCAUCGGUCUGGCGGUUCCCAUGGUUGUUGUUAUCGCUAGCGGUUUUUCUGCGGAACGGGGUGUGAUAUUCAAGUCUGCUGAGAGCUUGGAGGUGGCUUAUAAGACUUCUCAUGCCGUUUUCGACAAAACUGGUACCCUCACCCAGGGAAGGCUCACCGUUGUGCGGGAGAAAUAUAUCGACCCUGACCCGAACACUGCGAAGUCGUUGCUUCUAGGUCUGAUCAGCGGCAUUAAGCACCCCGUUUCCGCCGCGAUUGCAACACACCUGAAAGCAAACGGUGUAUCGAGCUUAGCGGUGUCUGAUGUACAAACCUUGACGGGAAAGGGUGUACAAGGCAGUGCAAUGGGUUAUGAUCUCCGUUGUGGGAAUUCUCGCUAUCUUGGCCUUUCCUCUGAUCCUUAUAUCCAGUCUGUAUUAUCCCAGAGGUUUACAGUUUUCUGCUUCACCAUAAACGGCUCGCUGGCUGCUGUCUAUGCUCUCGAAGACACACUCCGUCCCGAAGCGCUCUCUACUGUCCAGAAGCUGCAGCAACGUGGCAUUUCGGUCCACAUCAUCUCGGGUGACGACGAUGGCGUGGUUCACUCAGUUGCCACACAGCUCAAUAUCCCAGACGCCAACGUACGUUCACGCUGCACUCCCACCGACAAGCAGAGAUAUAUUCAAAGUCUCCUGGCUGGCCCAGCCAGUGCCUGCGCCAAUAAGCACAAGAAAAAGAGCCCUGUCGUUUUAUUCUGCGGCGACGGGACCAACGACGCCGUUGCAUUGGCUCAAGCUACAAUCGGCGUGCAUAUGAAUGAAGGAACAGAUGUGGCAAAGUCCGCCGCGGAUGUUGUUCUCGUGCGUCCGUACCUCGCGGGAGUUCUUGUCGCGAUUGCCAUCAGUCGGAAAGCAAUGAACCGGAUAAUGUUCAACUUUGGAUGGAGCUUUGCCUACAAUCUGUUUGCUAUCCUCCUUGCUGCGGGCGCAUUUGUAAACGCUAGAAUUCCACCCGAGUUUGCUGGGUUGGGGGAGUUGGUUAGCGUCUUGCCAGUUAUUAUUGCUGCUGUUCUUCUGCGGUGGUCAAGGGCUUGA